AUGGACGUAACGGUCAUCUCACAGACCAAGGAGCAACUGCGACGGUCUCAACGAGCUCUUGUCGACUACAUCUCAAGUCGCUGGGAGAUUGAUACAAAUGACCCGAGCGUAAAUCAGGUAACGAAAGAGUACAACGAGAUCACCAAGGAUCUAUUCGCGCUAGAGGAUGGCGGAAACGACCCACUUUCCGUGUUUCCAGUGGAGAUUUGGUCUGAAAUUAUCCAAUGGAUUCUGCCCGCUGAUUUCGUGAACAAGAUGAAGACUAUCCAGCAACUAAUGGCGGUAUCUACUCUGUGGCGGUCUCUCAUCAUAAAUGAACCAAGCUUUUGGACGCAAAUCGAGGCGUGUUACUUCGUUGAUGAUUAUAAAAACAUUAUAUUAUCUCUUGCGAAGACUUGCCUCGAACGAUCUCAAGCUGCAGAACUGCAUAUAUCUGGAACCUUUGAGGAUCCUGCGUGGGAGGCAAACCUUGCGGCGAUUGUAACCCCCCAUUCACAUCGCAUCAAGCAUAUUUCGGCCUCAUACAUGUAUAAUGUAGACUCAACUCGAGCCUCCCGGCUCCCAUCACUUUUCCCCACAACUCCCGCUCUAAAGACCAUCCUAUUUCUCCUCGGUGAGAUGAGUAUGGAUUCUCUCUACAUGUCUAGUAUUAUAAAUUUCAUACAAAGGAACCCACAAUUGAUGGAUAUAGGGAUUGUCUGCCACGAAAUGCUCCAGCCCGAGUUGCUCCCCAAUUUGACUCACAUUACACUCAGAUGUGAGGCAAGCCAGGCGAUUUCGACGCUUCGAAAGCUCCCAAAGCUCCGCUCUGUCUCUUUCUGCCAUAUGGAGCUUCAGACGAGAGUGGCACAUAUCGAGAAAAAAACACUCCCGUGGACCGAACUGACAUACAUACAACACAACUACGCGGUGGGCAUAUCCCUUCUGGGUCUACUUCGCACCACACUCCGUAACCUUUACCUGAACGUCGAUGCUCUACACCUGCGUCACCUUAUGGAGGCAUUGGGGUAUCUCAUUGUUCUCGACGCAGCAUCGCUAUCCCUCGACCUGGGAGAUCUGUCACCACUGCUUCUUCGAUCCUUGUUAGAAGAGACUAUCAAGGAGCGUUCGAAUCUCCGCGAGCUACGCGUGUACUCGUCAUCUGAUCUUGAGACGGAGGACUUUCUAUUCGGUGAUGAUGCCAAAAGGUUUUGGGACUGGCUGCUUUUGCGCACACCAAACACGGAAAAGCUCUCCUUACCUUUUGUGCUCCGGUCGACCAUGGUCACCUUAACAAAUCUCCCAAAACUGCGUCAGUUCUGCUGCGAAUCUGUCAUUCUGUACAAAAUAAGCGAGUUUGAGUGCUGUUCUAUGCUUCAGGACUUGAAUCUAGAAUGUGGAGCCGAAGCACUUCUCAUGCUCUCCUCGGAAACUACGCGCACGUUGGGUAUCACGCUCAGAGAAGCACAUCCCAUAGAAUUUCGGGCAUCCAGAUGGCCAAACUUGAGCGUGCUGAGUCUCCGACUCUUUUUCGAUUUUACUAGCGAGCCGAUUACGUUGGAUUUACCGAGCCUUAGUGAGAUCAACGUGGACGGGACGCUGCAGGUAGCUACUGCAGUGAUCCAUUCCUUGGCUUGCGACCAGAAUAAGGUGCCCUGCUUGGAGAGCUUAUCAUUCACUGGCUCGAAUCCAGAGUUGGACAUUCUCUUCAUCCUUUUGGAACGGAGACUCCUCUCACCCGAUCUGAAACCUUUGGGACGGCUCACGAUAUCCAAGGCCAUCUCUUCUCAUGUAUUAUCACUUUUGGUGGACAGGAUACGGGGACUAUUUACGGCCCGACCAACACUCUUCGAGCUCUCAGUUGAUGCCCGCGCCAGAAAUAUACUCGAUAAUAGGUAA